GAAAGUAGUGCCUAUUUCUAAAGAGUUCCUUUUCUCUUCUUGAAUAUAAGCCAUUUAACAAUGUGAGACAUGUCUUUUGUGGUUAUUUGUAAUAUCCUGUAUGUGUCUGGAGUACUUUGAUGCCUUGGAUUGGAAGCUAACUUAAAAGAUGAACUUUUGAGGGUGUGUUUUCUAUUGUGUGGGGCUUUUGUCGAAAUUAGGAUUCCGAAACGCGUUUUUCUACGGUGGGUUCAUUCGACAGCCAUUUACUUUCUUAGAAGUUGCGAGACGGUAUGUUUUUGAUUGCAAUUAUUGGAAGAUGAAAGAUCCAUCUUUAAAAUGAUACCAGGUUCGGAAAAAUUGAUACGUCGGAAAGGCAAGAAAAAUGCUGUGAAAGUUGUCAGUUUUAUAAUGGGACCCUAUGGGAAUCGGAAUUAGUGUAAUAUAACCUACAACGUCAAGAGGUUGUCAACUUGUCACACUACUGCAUCAAAUCUGGUUCUAUAAGAAACUAACGAAGAAAAUGGACGCCGGUAAUUCGUCGGAACCAAAGGUUAUGUGGAGACCUUGCAAAGAUGGGACUACCAAGUACAGGUUACUGAAAAAUCGAGUCGAAAAGAAAUAUAAUUGUUGCUUUGAGGACUACAAGUCAUUUCACCGCUGGUCCUGUCAGAACUACAGUGAGUUCUGGGAGGAAGUGUGGACAUUCACAGACGUGAAACACUCCCAGCCCUUCAUUAAGGUAAUAGACAAGACCAAAGGAAUUGCAGACAUUCCAGAGUGGUUCACUGGCAGUCGACUCAACUUUGCUGAAAACCUUCUCCGCUAUGAUGAUGACAAUAUUGCAAUCUACAGCACAGGUGAGGGAUGCGAUGGGAUCGCUACAUUGACAUUCAAAGAACUGCGACAGAAAGUAGCCGUCUAUGCUUCAGCUCUGGGACGCCUUGGGGUCAAGGUUGGAGACAGAGUGGUUGGUUACAUUCCCAACUGUCCAGAAGCAGUGAUAGCCAUGCUGGCUGCAGCAAGUAUAGGUGCCAUAUGGAGCUCCACGUCACCUGACUUUGGAGUGCUGGGAGUUCUGGAGAGAUUCAGUCAGAUCCAGCCCAAGGUCAUCUUUAGUGUGAACGCUGUCCACUACAACGGCAAGGUCCAUGACCACAUAGAGAAGCUGGAGAAAGUUGUAGAAGGACUUGCAGACAUACAGAAAGUGAUUGUCUUCCCCUUUGUGUCUACUGGACCGUGUGAAAUCAGAAAUAUUAAACACAGUAUUCUGCUGGAUGACUUUUACAAGUUUGGGUUGGAGAAUGGUGAAAUUCCGAAUCUCACAUUUGAACAGCUGCCAUUCAAUCACCCUCUGUACAUCAUGUUCUCAUCUGGGACCACAGGGGCACCCAAGUGUAUCGUCCACUCUGCAGGGGGAACGCUCCUGAAACAUUUAGAGGAACAUGCUAUACAGAGUGAUCUGACACGAGAUGACAUCAUGCUCUAUUAUUCCACGGUAGGUUGGAUGAUGUGGAACUGGUUGGUGUCCGUGCUGGCAGUGGGGGCGGCCAUUGUGCUCUAUGACGGGUCCCCCAUAAUUCCCCAGCCCAGCAUUCUCUGGGAUAUAGUGGAUCACAUUGGAGUAACAGUUCUAGGCACGAGUGCUAAAUGGCUGGCUGUGAUGGAAGACAGAGACCUGAAACCUGGUACAAGCCACAAGCUGGAGAGACUGAGGAUGAUCCUGUCUACGGGAUCUCCCCUGAUGCCUCGCAGCUACGACUACGUCUAUAGGGACAUCAAGCCUGACCUGCUACUGGCAUCUAUCACAGGAGGUACGGACAUCAUAGCCUGUUUCAUGGGUCAGACAUGGGAGUGCCCAGUGUACAGAGGGGAAGUGCAGCAGAUGUUACUGGGAUGUGACAUGGGAACACUGGAUAUAAAUGGCAAGUGUGUACUGGAUGAAGAUGGUGAGUUGGUGUGCUUCACUCCCUUCCCGUCCAUGCCUGUGAGGUUCUGGAAUAACCCGGAUGGAACAAAGUACAAGAAAGCAUACUUCAACUCUUACCCAGGUGUGUGGGCGCACGGAGAUCACUGUCGCAUCAAUAGUCAAACUGGAGGCAUUACAAUGCUUGGCAGGAGCGAUGGGACCUUAAACCCCAAUGGAGUUCGGUUUGGCAGUUCUGAAAUUUAUCACAUAGUGGAGUCAUUUAAGGAAGUCCAGGAUAGUAUCUGUGUGGCCCAGCGCAAGGAAGACAACUCCGAGGAGAGGGUGGUGCUCUUCCUUAAGAUGACUCCUGGCUCACAGUUCAACGAGGAUCUCGUGACACAAGUAAAGACAUGCAUACGGAAAUACCUGACUGUGAGACACGUGCCCAGUGUCAUACUUCCUUGUACUGACAUUCCAUACACACUCAGUGGUAAGAAAGUGGAAGUGGCCGUACGGCAAGUCAUCAUGGGGCGUGAGGUUGUACAGAAAGGAGCCCUGGCCAACCCAGACAGUCUGUUACAAUACCACAACAUCCCCGAGCUCCAGGGAUACUGAUUACACACAAUGGUGACCAGCUGAUGUUGAUAUGUGAAGUUAUUGUUACGUCACUGUUAAAUUGAUAAUCGUAGCAAUUGUUAGUUGGCAAACUAGAUCACAGGAAUGUUAAAAGACGUUGGCCAAUUGCGUGCGGCUGCUUGUCAUUGACUCGAGUAUAUAUUGGUAUAGGAUUUAAGAAAGAAUUAUUGAAAAAUCUCCAGUUUUGAAAUUGUGUUGCCACUUUCGCCACUACGUCACAAACGGUGACUAUGGCUUUUUUCUGUAUUUGCCGGGUCCACCAUUCCAUUAUUUUUUUCGCUUUCUUAUAGUUUGAAAAGUUAAAAUAUGUUAUUUAUAUAGGUACUGAUUAUUUAUGUAUUUUUUAUUUAUUACAGUAUAACAGUUUUAAUGUUUUAUGAGCUCACCUGGGCACUAUGUGAUUAUGAUGAGCUUUUGUAAUCACCUUGUCCCUGUUGUUUGCUUUGCAUCGUCCACCAUCUAAAUUUACUUUGUGGACACUCCAGAGGCAACAUUUAUUGCUCAAUCAUUAUGAACUUUUUGAGUUUCCAAUAACAUCAUCCCCGAGUUAGAAACUGCAUCCUGUGGGGUCAAAAACUAAGGCACUCAUGACCCUUUAAUAAAUAGCUCACAAACACUCUAUAAUUGAUUCCAAUCAUCAUCAACGUUGCUUACAAUAAUUGUUAAUUGAUAUCUAAGCUGAGUUAAAAAUGGUUCCAUUCAGUUGUAAAACAUAGUCAACAGGGAGCGGGAGAGUUGUCCUUAUAUGGCUCUAGUCGAAAAUUGUGAACACUCGAGUUGUCAUAUUGUUUGCCCAAUUGUCAUACAACUUGCCUAGAGCAUUUGGUCUUAUGAUAUAUCAGCCAUGUUUGAAAAUGGUUCCGGUACGUUGAAAAACUUGGCUGCCUGAGGGUGGUGCAGUUUUUCUUAUUUGGGUUUAAUGAAACCCUUUGAACACUCUAGAAAUCUUUUCCCCCCAAGUUCAUGAAACUUGCUUAGCGCAUGUGGUUUAAAGGGGCCUUUUCACAGAUUUUGGCAUGUAUUGAAGUUUGUCAUUAAAUGCAUUAUAUGGAUAAAUGUAUAAGUAUAUAAAAAGCUCCAGUUAAUUAUUUUAUACUUUAUAUAAGCAAUCCUCGUAAUUACACAAAAUAUAACAACAACAACAGAACUCUCCAAAUUAUUUAAUCGUUCGCGUUGCAACGCUUUAUAAUUUUCAGGUUUUUAAAUCGUCAAAAGAUGCAUAUAAUGGAUAUUUUAGAUGAUGGUUAAUGUUCUUAUAACUAAAACGAAAAUUAAUGAAUGUAGGACAACUUUUUUAAAUGUUGUCAAUUUACCAAAACUUGAAAAGGCCCCUUUAACCAUGUUCUAAAGUAGUUAAAAUAGUCUGUUGAUAAACAUGUCUACCAACGGUUAUAACGUUAUCUCAGCUGAAUUUGAUAAUGCUAAAUCAUAAUGAUACUUCUUAUUAUGUCUGGGUUCUGUUAGAAAAUGGUUCCGUUCUAUAAAAAGAUACUUGGCUGAGAGUUUUCCUCCUAUGGCUACAGUUCUUUUCAUUACAAGCCCAGUGCAGUUAAGUUUAUUUAGAUAUCAGGUGAGCGCCUUUAGGCCUUAGCAAUAUAGUUAUACACAGCAUGAUCUUUUUAACAUGAUCGAUAUUAUUUAUGGAACUAAGGGAGACCAAUACAUAUUUCAUUGUUUAUGUGAAUUUAUGAAUAAAUAUGUUUACGAUU